AUGGCACAACCAGCCGACUCGACUGGAGGCGACCAAGCCAGGUACGUGUUCAUUCCCAUCACUGCUUCAGUCACAACGACUAUUGAAGCACAGCACCGCCGAGAAGGUCACAGCGGCAGAGCGCGUCCUCAACACCACUGAGCUCCUCGAGAUGGUGUUGAUGCACCUGCCUAUCAAGAACAUGUUUGGCGUGCUCCGAGUCAACAAGAAAUUCAAGGCUACUGUCGACGGCUCGAAGGGGCUCCAGGUGGCCAUGUUCCUCCGGCGAGACGACUCUAUCGGAGAAGAGCGCGUUAAUCCUCUUCUUGACGACAUUGCAUAUCGCUCGUCUGACGAAUUCGGACACUGCGUCCUCUACACGGGAAUGACGCCCAAAUGUCGCCCCUUCUAUGAUAAGGAACCACGUUGUAGAGAGCUCCAAUUCAAAGGCUUCGACAAGCAGCGUCCAAUGAGCACCCUCGGCAAGGGGAUCAUGCUCUGCAAGGGAGAAGACGGCAUAGUCGAGUCCUGGGAAAAGAUGUAUGUGAUACAAGGUGUGGAGAGAUUCUGGCCAUUUUACCAAUGUCCCGGUAUUCGGUACCCUGACUUUGUCCAAUCGGACGAAAUGAAGCUUGGGUCGCUGUUCAAGAGGAUGGACAUGCAGUACAGGUCGAUCCAAGCAGACGAGGGGGGUGACGAAGCCUUGUCUCGCGAGCUGCUCACAAAGCUACUGAAUUAUGAUUGGGUUUUGUAA